AUGUUUCCGACGAGCACGCCCCACCCGUGUCCACAUCCUUAUCCGCCUGCCGCCAAAGCCGGGGAUGGCUGGAGGUUCGGAGGCAGGGGCUGCCGGCCGACGCCCCCCUCCUUCCUCCCCGGCUACAGACAGCUCAUGGCCGCGGAGUACUUCGACAGCUACCAGCGGGCACAGCUCAUGGCCCUGCUGUCGCGGAUGGGUCCCCGGCCGGUCAGCAGCCGCGACGCUGCGGUGCAGGUGAACCCGCGCCGCGACGCCUCGGUGCAGUGUUCGCUCGGGCGCCGCACACUGCAGCCCGCACGGCCCCGAGCCAGCCCCGACGCCUGGCCGGGUUCCUGCCAAGCCCGUAGCCCCGCCGGCGCCGGGAGACCCCCGCGAUCCUGGCGCACCGUUGCCCUGUACUCGCCCGUGACCUUCUGUGGCCUUUCCUCCUCGCUGGAGGUGGCGAAGGGCAGGCAGAAGCCCACGAAGGGAGAGGAGAGCCCGGCGCCCGCGGGGACCUGGCAGUCGGAGCCGGGAGAGGAGAUGGAGAUGAAAGCGGCCCCCGAGCCGAGAAGCGAGGAGGGCGACGCCCAGGCUGAAGGGCAGGCGGGACCGGAGCAGCCACCGAAGGAGGAGCCCGACAGUGUGACCGCGGUGCAGUCUGAGCCUGGGAGUGAGGAGCCGUGUCCUGCUGCAGAGAUGGCUCAGGACCCGGGUGACUCGGCUGCCCCUGGAGACCGGGCCUCCCCGCAGAGCACCGAGCAGGACAAGGAGCGCCUGCGUUUCCAGUUCUUAGAGCAGAAGUACGGCUACUAUCACUGCAAGGACUGCAACAUCCGGUGGGAGAGCGCCUAUGUGUGGUGUGUGCAGGGCACCAGCAAGGUGUACUUCAAACAGUUCUGCCGAAUGUGUCAGAAAUCCUACAACCCUUACCGAGUGGAGGAUAUCACCUGCCAAAGUUGUAAAAGAACUAGAUGCACCUGCUCAGUCAGACUUCGCCACGUGGACCCUAAACGCCCCCAUCGUCAAGACUUGUGUGGCAGAUGCAAGGACAAGCGUCUGUCCUGCGAUAGCACCUUCAGCUUCAAAUACAUCAUUUAGUGAAAGUCAAAAAGAAAAUGUUCCUGCUAGCCGGGGCUGAUGGAGUGGCCAGUGAGCUUUCUCCUGUGCGCCCUCUCUACUUCUCCCUUCUCAAAAUACUUUGAGAAAGGCAGUGUACUUUGAGAUAAAGUCUCUGAAUAAAAAGGUGUUGCAAACAGUC